AUGCCGCACGUACCGCAGCACUAUCCGCCACCUUUGCAGCAUCAGUAUUAUCCACCACACUUCAUUCAUCAGCCUCCAUACCAACAGUAUCUUCCAAUGCGACCGAUGAGGAUGCAACCAGAAGUUCCAGCUCCAGAGUACCCUCCAACCCCAGAACUGUCCCAGGCAUCAUCAAAAGCCCCAGCAUCGUCCCAAGUAUCAGUGAGACUGCGACCAAACCCUGAACCGCACCCUGGAGUUUUUAGUUUCGACAUUGACAUUAUUAUGGGUGACAUGAAGCAUGGAUUUCAUGGUGAGACUGACAUGCCUUGGGAUGACUUCAAAAGUCAUGUUCUUGCAUACCUCGAUGCUCCUGAAGAAGUCCAGCUUGUGUAUAAGUUUGUGGGUGAUAACAGUAAAGCUUCUCACCUAAACGAUGCAGAAGCAUUUGGUAUUGCUAUGGAUCGACUUUGUCACAAAGCGUCCAAUGCGCGUACACAAGUCGUUGCUUUAGAGGUAAAAAACGCAGCAGCCAAACAGACUACCACCAAAGCGAAAAAGAGGAUGCAUGAAGACGAUAUUCCCCCAGUGACCGAGGAGGAUUCCACACAGCUCAAAGUGUACAAACAGCUUGAGUGCCACAUUUGA